CUAGUGAUUUUUGGUUUGAAAUGUUUCGCGGGAUAAAUUGCUGAAGCUAGCAUAUGACAGCUGCUGUAUUUUUAAAGUACCCACACGAAUGUUAUUAAUAAUUGUGCUCCUAGGUUUGUUAAACAAAAAUAAACGCAUGAAAGAAUGAGCUAUAUUUCUAUUUGGUGGACAGUUUCGCUUUUGGUAUUAAUAUCUGUAAUUGAAAAGACACAUUUGACAACUCACGAUAACAGUCAUGGGUUUGUGUCUACUUCUAGAGAAAGUUACUUUAUUGAUGAUUUAUCCAAUAUUCAUCAGGAUAUUUCGCCAGAAUUUCGAAGUUCCGUAAUAAGUGACAUGAAAAAGUAUGUAAAAUUUGAGCCAGAAUAUUUAGAUUUUAAGCAAAGGGCUCUAGGUGUACCUCAUUUAGAAAAGGUGUUGUUAUUUAACAUUCAUAGUAAUAAAAGUAUUGAUAUGACUUCUAUAUCAGGUAGUACAGUCCAUUUUCACAGUUCUUUCUUUGAAGAUAAGCAAAUUCCACCUCUUGGAAAUACUUCGUUUAAUGUUGUAUUCUUGGGACGAGAGGAGGGUAUUGUGGAAAGUAAUUUGUUUAUCCAUACAACAGAAGGACAUUUUAAGUAUCAAGUAAAAGGAUCAAGUGUUUCUAGUCCAUACAGACUGCGCCCAAUAACAAACGUAAAAUUGCCAUUAAAUGCUACAUUUUCUCCUAUGAUCUACAUGUUUAAUCCACACUUGGAAUCCAUUCAAGUAAUAGAAAUAUACAGUAGUGGGGGCGAUUUUCACUUGGAAUUACCAAGUGGUGAAUUGGAAGGCCCCAAAGAUAUGUGGGAAAUACCACCCCUUCAAAGAAAAGCUAUUAUUCGGGUCCGAUUCUUUGCUAAAACUGAACGAAAUCAUACAGCUUAUGUUCGAAUAAAGUUAAGCAACUCAAACGAAGUUUUGGUUGUUCCAUUGGAAGUUGAGGUGACGACCAAUUGCGAUUGCUUGCAUAAUCCACAUGGAUACUUAGAUUUUGGGGUGGGUGGUUCGUUGGAUUCCCCCAAGAAGGUGGAGGUGAAGGUGGCAAAUCCACUAAAGAAAUUGGUGCGAAUUGAAAGUAUUACAACAACCUCGAAAGCUGUCAAAGUGGAGUUAGGUGCUAUGAAAAUAUCUGCAGAUUCAAAGGCUGAUAUUGGAACAUUGACUUUGGAUUGGAAAAAGGCAUUUGAAGCAAAAGAUUUCUCCGGAAAAAUAACUAUAAAAUACAAAAAUGGUAAACAUCCUACAGAAAUUCCGUAUUACGUUACGAUUUUACAGGGCGGUUUAUUAUUUAAUAAAACAGAAGCAACUUUUUUUAUUGACGAUGAAGCAACCGAACACCGGCCCAAAAAUGUCAUUGUAAAGAAUGAGUUUCUGCAUCCAUUAGCGGUUACUGAAGUUAAAUUGCAUUCCAGCGCCCAACAGGUUUUUACGAUUACAAAUUUUAAACCGAUUAUUCUCAAACCUAAAGAAAAGCACGGCCUGUUUAAACUAAAUUUAAUAAAUAGAAAACAACAUGAUCUCAAAAUGAAUUCUUAUCUUAUAAUCAAAACAAAUGUGUCUCAAGUGGAAAUGACUAUUAUGUGCUACAAUGGCAAACUGGACAUAUUUUUGCCUAAUAAAAAUGGAGAAAAGUCGUUGGAUCUUGGCUUGGUAGGCUUUAACGUAGCCAAAGAUGUUCAAAUGCUCUUACUUAACAAUAAUCCUGUUAAUAUCCACCUAAAAUGGGUUGCUACAUCAUUGGGCUCAGGCAAAAUCGAGUUACUCGCUUGUGGCAAAGGGAAUUAUUCGUAUUCAUUGCUGCAACACCUUUUACAGUCCAAAAAGAAAUGUACUUACUUAAGACCUCAAGAAUUUGCUGUUAUGAGACUUACGGUGCAAACUUUGAAUUUUGAAGGCAGAAGUUGGGGUGAUAUACAAAUAGUAACACAGUAUGAAGAAAUUUCGAUCCCAGUGAUGUACAAAGUGGCACAGGGACGACUGGAAAUUGGGCCUGAUCGCCUUAUUUUUGACCAGUGUUUUCCGGGAAAGAUAUGUUCUCAUCCACUAAAAGUCCACUCUACGUUUAAUGAUCCAAUGGUAAUUGAAGAAAUCGUGAGCAUUCCUCCCGACCCAAGGGUCAGCAGUGUUCAUUCAGGUCACAUAAUGGCACGAUCGACGAAAAUUGUAGGCUAUUUGUACUUAGAUCCAAUGCAAACGUGCAAGAAGGAAUGCUACAGUACUUUACAAGAGGACGUACACAUUCUUUGGCUACAGUCGCUAAACUUAACGAGUGCUGCCGCCGACACUGAUCUCAGUUUGGUCAACGUAUUAUAUAGUAGGUACAUGAAUCAGACUUAUAACGGCCUGGCUAAGUGGCAGAAUCUGACUAUGCUUCUACACACCUCCGAAGUUAAGGGUCACGUAUUUCAGUCUCGAGUCAAGAUGAGUUGGCCGAGUGUUGUCCUUGCUCAAAACGUUGAAAAUGCGACUAAUUUCGAUUUUCCCCUUACACAAGUCGGUAAUACUUCCUAUCAAAAUAUAACAAUACGUAAUCCGGCCAGUCGCAAUCUAAUUAUUCAACUGGUCUUGGAGCACAAAUAUCCCAGUCCCGAAAUCCUAUACGAAGGCCUACCACCAGCCCUUAUUCCUAACUACUCACCCGAAUAUUCCCGUUCAAAACCAUUGUUCUUCUUCCACGAAAAACUCGAGAAAUACUGCAGAAAUUUCCGGAAAAUGUUGAAUAUAAAUGUGUUCAAUGAAACAUUGCCAAUACUGCUACAACCUGGACAAAACUUUACGUUCACAGUUGGUUACACGGCAAUAGAUACACGUUUGAAUACGGCUCUUAUUUUUAUUCGAAAUAAUUUAACUGUAUUGGAAGUGAUCCGUUUGAAUGGGAAAGCGGCGUAUCCAAAUUUCAAAUUUGGAAACAGAAGACCUGGAUCUAGUCAGCCGUUAACUUUCGAGAUAACUGAGAAGCACCUAAAGGAUUGCGAGAGAGAGAAACCGAAAAAGUAUCCGCCUCCAAAUCUAACGGUUAAACGAACAUUUACUGCAAGGAACACAGGAGAAAUAAUUAUAUACAUAAAUUCGUUUUCAAUAAACGGAUAUCCAUGCGAAGGGUAUGGCUUUAAGGUGUUGAAUUGCGAACCCAUAUUACUACCCCCAAACAGCACGAAAAAGAUUGAUAUUGCAUUCACAUCUGAUUUUUCUCUAGCGAAAGUUACGAGAAUGUUGAUAUUAGAUACUAGUCUUAGUUAUCCUGUAAAUUAUACGCUUGUAACAACUAUACCACCGUAUUAUUUGUCUCUAUGCCAUAAAGUCCUCAGCCGUCCUUAUUGGGAAAACUAUUUAUAUUAUGCAGCAGUUUGCUUAACUUGUUUGACUCUCUUUUUCGUGGUAGUGGCGCCGGUUCUUGAAUCGGAACGAAUUAUAAAACAAUCGUUAGGAGUAAUAGUUUCUCGUAAUUCUGCAUCUCUACAGCCUCUCGAUCUGCGACUUGUGGGCACACAAACCCGUGACGAAAUUCAUUACAAUAAAAUCGAUCCCCUGAGGGUCAGUCAGUUACAACAUAAACUAAGUCCUAAGAUAGUGAGCGACGUUCAUUUUGCUGAGGAAGACCAUAGUGCUGAGAAAGAAGAGUCUUAUAGAUAUAAUGCACUUUUGGCUACAAAAAAGAAAAAGUGCAAAAAGAAUUGUACAGAAUCGGAGAAGGACAAGGAAAAGGAACAGGAAAAUCCUAAAAAAGCUUGGUUUGAAGCACAUCAGAAAGAUUCCAAGCAUCAUAAGAACGAAAAGAAAGUUAAAACACCAGAACCGGAAGUUGCGGAAGUUAACAUCAAAACAAAGAAAAUGCUAUACCACAAAGAGCACAAACAAAAAUGGUCAUUAAAUAAGAAAUAUAUGAAACAAAGACAAAUGGCUGAAAUGGCCGAAAGGGCACGACAACAACAAGAACAACCAGAAGAAGAAACAUCGUCUACAACUACUGAUACAAGUAAUAACGAUGAACAUGAAAAACCGGAAAUAGAAAAAGAAAUCGAGAAAGAACAGGAAAGAGAUUUCGAACGAAAUAAUAACAAAUCUUAUGGUAGUAGCAAGAAAAGUAUGAGCUCAGCAACAAUAGCAUCAUCCCUUCCUGCAUGUAAUACAGCCCAAAAGCUCGAAAUCGAACCAAAAACCAACGAAAAGAAGCGUCAGAAGAUGAUCUACAGAUCCAAAGACAAAAUAGAACGGACGAUGAACGAUUCACCUCGAAAUAAUAGUUACAAUUCUGACAACAAUACUAAACAAUAUUAUUCAGAUAACAACAACAGUAAGUUGAAAGGUCACAAAGUAUCCUCGAAAGAGCGUAAAGAAAAGCACCAAUCGUCUAAGAAGUUAUCAUCGGAAAAGCACAGGAGUCUGAGUGAAAGUGGAAACAUUUCUUCUAGAACAACAGCAAGUCCCACAACACCUUUUACAAAUGUAUGGGGUGAGAACAGAGCAACGUUCAGUGACGUUGUUGCAAGGACGGAAAGCAUCAGUCCUCACAUACAGCAACAACAACAACAACAACAACAACAAAAACAACCACAGCAACAGCAACAAUCUCAGCCUCGGAACAAACCAACGAUGUACGUGGAGCCCUUUGUACCAGUAACGCCGAAUCUUGGACCUAUAGGAUCGAAAAAGAAGGAAAGGGUUCCAACGGUUAAUGGUGUUCAUAGAAAUACGACUACCAUUAAUGCCCGACAAGAGGAACAAGAUUGCUACAGUGGUUAUAAUAACAACAGUUUCUUUAGUGAUCUGCAUAACGUAGCCACAGAGUAUAAUAAUAUAGAUUCAGGAUUAACAGGAAAUUGGAACAGCAAUAGCGUUGGAUAUGAACAGAGGAACACAUCAUCAUUGCUUGGGCUCAUGCACUCGGACACAUUCACCUCAUUAACCCAUCAAAAUAAUACAGAAUCUGACGCAAAACUUUUCGUGGACCCAUGGACAAAUACUUCUACAAGUUCUAACGUCGGCGACAAUAUUUGGGAUGGAGUAUAUAUGCCAGUUGGUGGAAGUAUACAGUCACAGCAGCAAAAUGUUAAUCAUCAGAGUGGUUAUUUGUGGGGCUCGUCGUCAGUUUGGCAACCUUUAGGGGCAGUCGAGAUAUCCAGAACUUCUACUAGGACACCCCCUGGAUUUUCACCUUCAGAAGAAGAGAGAAGAAAUCCAGCGUACGAUCCAUUUGGUUUAACGAGUAUCUGGUCACAACAGGCGAAUCCCUGGAAUUAUCCUCAAAGUCAAUAAAGUCCUUUUGGUCGAUAGAAACCGGGGCUAGAUGACAAUUGCACAUUGUUGUUCUUUGUCCAUUUUCCCUACCCUUGUAUCCCUUGAAUCCUAUUUAUUUUCUACGAUGGUUGUUCAUUUAGAAGACUGUUUUUAAAUAUUGAUAAUACUCAUAAUGUGACCUUUAGGCGUUUAUUUUAAUGUUCGCGUUCGUUUUUACUAAGUGUUCAUAAAAAGUCUCGAACUUUUUAAAAUAAACUUAAUUUUGUUUGUCGAAUAAAUGUGACGUUUAGCAUUGCA